AUGGAGGAGGAGGACUCGGAGGAAGGCGAUGAUGAAGAGGAAGAGGAACCAGUGCUCAAGUACACGCGCGUCAAGAACCGAAUACCCGAGAUCUUGGGCAAGGAUAGCGCAACGACUAUUGACGUCUCUCCUCGUGUUGUGGCGAUCGGCACCAUGAUGGGCAUGGUGCAUGUUCUCAGCUAUGAGGGCGCCAAGAUCAACUCGUUUCGUCCUCACGCCGCCAACGUGACGUCCAUUUGCCUUGACGAAGAGAACGACUUCGUGGCCACAGCGAGCAUGGAAGGGCGUGUCGUCAUUCACUCGCUAACAAGCACCGAGUCGUACGCAUUCGAUUACAAGCGCCCCAUGAACGCCAUUGCGCUUGAGCCCAACUUCGCUAAGAAGAGCGGGCGCGCGUUUGUCUGUGGGGGCAUGUUGGGGAACCUCAUCUGGCAGGAGAAGGGCUGGCUGGGGUAUCGCGAGCAAGUUUUGCACUCGGGCGAGGGGCCGAUCUGGGCGAUCGCAUGGCGUGGCGACCUCAUUGCAUGGGCGAACGACCUCGGCGUUAAGAUCUAUGAUCGCGCAUCGGGCCAACGUAUCGGCUUUGUUGACCGCGGUGCCAACGCGCCGCGACCAGAGCUGUUCAAAUGCCGCCUCCUGUGGAAGGAUGACCGAACACUAAUCAUCGGCUGGGCCAACUAUGUCAAGGUCGUUCGCGUACGCACGCGGGCCCGAGGGGGCCAAUCUGGUCUUCCAACACUUAGCAUUGAGGUAUCGGCCGUGUGGGAGAUGGACUGCAUGGUCGCAGGCAUCGAGCAGUAUCAGGAUUCGGGCUAUGUGGUUCUCGCCUAUAUCCCACCAGAUACUUAUUCGAACGAGGCGACCGAGGAUCGCGCCCAGCAACGACGCAAGGCCGCCAACCCUCCGGAACUACGCAUCAUCGACCGCGGUGACGAGAUCGCAGCGGACGAACUUGUUGUUGCAAACUUCGAGCGUUAUAGCUGCAGUGACUACAAGAUCGUGAGAUCGAAGCGGCCUGACGACGCGGACGUCUUCUUGGUACUUACUCCGUCGGAUCUUGUCGUAGUCAGACAGCGGGACGAGGCGGACCACAUUGACUGGCUUGUUGAGCGUGAACGUUACGAAGAGGCCCUCGCCGCUGCGGAAGCACUGGCGGCGAAGCACGGAGGUGCGCUCGACGUACAAGCCAUCGGCCUCAAGUACAUGCAACACCUUGUUAAACAAGGCGACUUCGAACGGGCUGCGCACCUCGCCCCUAAAGUGCUAGAGACGGACGGAGCACUGUGGGAGCGGUGGAUCUACUCCUUCGUUCAGAAGCAGAAGCUACCGGCCAUCAUUCCCUACAUCCCGACCAAGGAUCCUCAGCUGCGAAGCGGGGUGUACGAGAUGGUCCUUGGCCACCUGCUCGUAGAGGACAAGCCUACUCUGUUGGAGAUGGUUAAGACGUGGCACGUUGACGUUUUCGAUAGUGCGAACGUCAUCUCGGCCGUUCAGAGCGAGCUCAAUGCGUCGAAGGAUGAUCCCAUCCUGCUCGAAGUGUUGGCCGAGCUACAUCUUCGACGAGGACAGCCGGCGCGCGCGCUUCCUUACUUUCUGCGCCUGCGCAAGCCAGGCGUGUUCGAUCUUAUCCGUGAACACAAUUUGUUCGACGCAGUGCAGGAACAAGCCUUGCUUCUUGUGGAGUUCGAUCAUGAGCGUCUCAGGGAGGGAGAUGUGGACAAGGAGGGCAAGCACGGCGCUGCCAUCCAGCUGCUCGUGGACCACACGCUUGCGAUCCCAGUUGAGCGUGUAGUGCAGCAACUUGAUGCCAAGCCACAGUAUCUCUACAUGUAUCUGGACGCGCUUUUCGACAAAGACCCACAGUCUUGUCAGCAAUACGCGGACCGCAUGGUUGAGCUUUACGCCACAUAUGACCACACCCGUCUCAUGCCCUUCCUCCGUGCAAGCAACUUUUACGACCUUGAGCGAGCUCUCCGUAUCACCGAGAAGCACGAUUACGUGCGCGAGACAGUGUUCCUCCUUGGCCGAAUGGGGGAUAACCUCAAGGCUCUCAAACUGAUCAUUGAGCGACUUGGGGACGUUCAGCUCGCUAUCGACUUUGCUGAGGAGCAGCGUGAUGAUGACUUGUGGGAAGCGCUCAUCACGCACUCAAAGACGCGGCCAGAUUUCAUCCGCGCGCUGCUUGAGCAUGGCGGCAGCGAGAUCAAGCCCGUCCGUUUGAUUCAGCGCAUUCAAGAGGGUCUGGAGAUUCCAGGCCUCAAGCCGGCCCUUGUGAAGGUUCUCCAAGCGUCUAACCUGCAGAUCUCGCUGCUGAAGGGCUGCCAGAGAAUCCUCAACCGCGACUGCUCAGCGCUGGCUCUGGAGCUGCAGGCGGCCCAGACCGGCGGCGCCCACGCAAGCGCGACCACGAAUUGUCUGGUGUGCGGGAAGUUGCUCUUCCCGCAUGUUGACUCGGCACUGCAGCCCUUCGUGCUCCUCUACUUGUGCCACCAUUUUGUUCACGCGACGUGCGCCGUGCUCGCCGAGGACAUUGAGCUCCCCGAGCGCCCUGAGAACGCAGCUGUCACCCAUCUCCUUAUGGCCGACAAGUACGUGGCCGGAAGCAAGGCCGGGCUCUCGCGGGCGCUCGGUGCCAAACUUUCAUUCGCUGCAAUGGUUCGGGUGCGGGUCGGCUCGUGUCCUGUGUGCAAGUUGCAUAAGGGUGAUGGCACGGCUGUCGCGGCCGGCCGCGAACGUUUUGCAGCAAUUGCUCUCACUGCGUAG